AUGAGUGAAUCUGCCAAUGUGAUAGCCUGGGAAGAGGGCGAACCAGCUGCAGCACUUCUUGCACCGGAGCAGGCCAUGACUGCCGUGGUAUCCAGUAGACUCGGUCAGGUGUUCUUCUUAACAGAAGACGGUAGAGUUUACUUGUCGACCCUCAAACAAGAUGGACUUAGUGGAAAAUUGCAGGAAUUAGCAUUGCCAUGCCAGACUGUGGUUGGUAUAGCAUGCAACUCAGUACAUACAAUUUUUGUGACUGAUCGUGGCAGAGUUUUGAGGUCUGAACUAGAGACACCUGAAAAAGUUGAAGAGCUGGCCAUCAAACAGCCCAAUCUUUGCUGCCCCCAUGGUGUUGUUGAGGAUGGAGGAAGACUCUUUGUAAGGGAAGUGUCAUCUCACUCCAAGAACGUAUUGUUCAUCUCAGAUUCUAGCAAAAUUUGGGCAGUAGAUGAAACAAAGUCUUUGUUGCCAGAUAAGCUUCCAGCCUUCGAGAACAAAGUACCCAUCAGUAUUAUGUGUGGCACCAACUUCAGUGUAGCUCUUGUUCAAGAUUGUGAAAACCCUACUGAUAGUAUUAGUAAGUCCAACACUUCAAUCAAAAGCAACUGGGAUUCCCUGGAUGGAGUAAAUAUUUCUAAGGGUGGUCCCUUUGAUGGGUUGUGUGUGGUUGGUUCCUGCCUUGAAUGCAGGGAGCAUAGUCUUCUUUCACUUCAUUCACUGGAUCUCAAUACCUCACAAAGAAUUAAUCAAGAAGAUUUCAAGGACAAUGUGAACUCCCUCGCCCAAGUUUGUUGGUCUAAGGCAGAUCAUUUAGUCCGCCAAAGCGCGUUGUUGCUCAAUUCAACACCUCAACUCGGCGCGGCAAAGCAAUUUUUAACUAAGCAGCUGUCUUGGGUUACCGGUUUCGAAGCGGAUGAUUGCAAUAACAGUUUAGCAGCCUCAUCGACGCUAGACUCUGGAAAUAAUGUGACUCAACAAGUGGCUAGCCGAGUAGCCGAAGGAGUUCGAAACUUGGGUGAUGCUGUCAACCGCAUGUCUCGCCAUUGGAGCGGCACCAGCCAAGAGGAAGCAGCCCUUCAAGUUGCAGCAACUCCUCUUGAGGUUUCUGCCACGACGGAAACGAGUAGUCUUCCCGCUGAAUUGCUCAGCAGUAGCAGCGGUGAGGAUUCCCCUGCAGCACCGGCCACCCCGCGGUUUAUUGUUCGACAGUCUCUCCAGAGUCAUCAUCGUUGGAAGCGCAAUGGGUCUUCAAGUUUAUCGCUGGAUUCUACACUACUCCGAAUAACUGACCGAGAGAAAAUGACGGGGCUUCAACCGGAACGACUCGUUUCAUUAGGCCGGCAGCUACUUCAUACAUCUGUUUGGGCUUGGGGUCAAGGAGGUGUAGGUCAACUUGGAUUGUCUGAUUGCGUCUCACGCGAAACGCCGACAUCUGUUCGACAUUUGUUGGGUAUUGGAGUUUGCAAAGUGGCAUGCGGAUCGCGGCAUUCGCUGGCCCUAACGUUGGAUGGACGUGUACUGGCAUGGGGAGCCAAUAAUAAAGGGCAAGUGGAACCAGGUGAAGAUCUUUCUUUCAUGUCAAUCCCGAUUGAAGUAUCGCUACCUUUCCAUGCCACCAUCCGAGAUAUCGCUGCCGGAAGAGAACACACGUUGUUAUUGACGAGUCAUGGUGAAGUUCUUUUUAUGGGCUUUUCUAUGGCUACUCAAAAAUCAACGAUAAUGAGGCUUAACCUACCUGCCCAAAGUCCCAAUGGUAAACCGAGUCGAGUAUGGGCAACCGGUCCUCUUAGCUGUUGUUUGCUGUGCAAUCAGAGCUGCCGUUGCUGGCCACAUUGGUCAGAGUUUGUUUUAUCUGAACAGCUUUUUUUGCGCAAUUGUCUGAAAGUUGCCCGGGGCAUUUUGGAUCAGUUGGAAUCGUCAACAACUAAUUCAGCUGUUCGUCGUGAGUUAUUUGAUCGCUAUCGUGACCUAAUGGCCUGCACUGCCGUCAAUGUUCACUCUUUGAUCGAGACGGACGACUGUGCUAACCUAAGCAUUGGCCUCGUUCGUUGGAUUAACGAAUAUAUGCACGUAUGGCGUAGUUAUGGCCAGGCACUUUGUAAUGCCACAGUUGUCCAUUCUCUUGUACUCAGCAAGAGCGAAAAUGCACUUUUGGAUCCGGAAAUAUUUCCUCAGGUACGUCGACCAGGUAGUGAUAAUUUUGCAACGCUAAUGAACGAACCGCUCGGUCGGCUCAAAGAGUAUUCAAUUCAUCUGGAGAACCUGAUUGAAAGUCAUCGUCAACGAAAUGAUAAGAAUAUGGAUCGUUAUAAAUAUGCUAGUCAACGGUGUCUCGAUAUGGCUGCUACUUUGAUGCAAGAGUGCCGGACUGCCGAUCUUACAAAGGCUUUUUGGGAUAGCUGCUCCGCAAAACUUACUGAUACCCUGAGAACCCCAGUCCGCCGCCUGAUUCGCGAAUCCCGAUCUCACCCUAUCGGUCUGGUCAAUUCAGGCCGUUUUUCAUCGCAUUGGUUUAUUAUCUUGACUGACGUGUUGGUCCAUGUUAGUGGUUCUUCCAGUCAUGUUACCUAUCCCUUGGCCACUAUUUGGGUUGAGCCGAUGCAGGAAUCCGAAAAUGUCCAAAUUAAGAAUGGGCUUUCUUUGACGAUGCCGGAAGAGUCGAUGACGCUGACUUGUCCAACUUCAGCCGACAAGAUAGAAUGGCUAGUAGCUCUACAGUCUGCCAUUAAGCAAGCUCUCUUAAUCGGCGACGUAGAAUCCAAUAGUAACGGGCGAACAACACCUCCGCUUGUACGCUCUGCGUCUUAUACUUUUACCAAAUUGCCACAUCUGAAAGAUGUGACCUAUAAAGGAGCCUGGCUAUGUGGGAAAAUGCAUGGGGAGGGAGAAUUGCAUUGGCCCGACGGCCGUGUUUACCGAGGAAGUUUCCGGCAAAACCAACAGUACGGCUUUGGUUCCUCUGAGUCUUUUGGCCCCAAUGGGACGACUUACGAAGGCAGUUGGAAGGAUGGCAAGAUGAAUGGAUACGGCAUUCUUAAGUACGCCAACGGGGACGUUUACGAAGGGAAUUUUCAAGACGGCCAGCCGCACGGACACGGUACGCUGAAACGGGGUCAUUUUCUCACGUCUGCCGCUCAUGUCUAUGUUGGGCAAUGGGAGUCUGGCCAGAAAAACGGGUACGGUGUAAUGGAUGACAUAGUCACUGGUGAAAAAUAUAUGGGCAUGUGGCAAGCAGAUGCUAGGCAUGGGCAGGCUGUUCUAGUUACGCUAGAUGGCCUCUACAUAGAAGGCAGUUUUACUAACAACAAGAUGACCGGCCAAUGUGUCAUGUUGUUAGAAGACGGGACGAGCUAUGAGGGAGAAGUGGCUGGUGUAGGUAUUCUUGGUGGAAAAGGACUCCUCCAAUUCCCAAAUGGUGAUAUCAUUCAGGGUACAUUCCACGGCUCUUGGUCUGACGGCAUAAAAAUCAAUGCUACCCUGACCAAAGCUUCAUUAUCCGCACAAUCACCAUUGGGUCCUCCUACUGGUCUAUCUAUGGGCCACCUACAGCAACAACAUGGAUCUGGUGUUCCAGCCGAACGAAAAUGGGGAGCCAUUUUCCAUCAGUGCUGCUUAACUCUCGGUCUUUCUCCGGACUGCGCUCAAUGGACAGCCGAUGAUUCACUUCGGGCUUGGGACCAAAUUGCCGCUGUUCUUAAUCAGUCGAAACAAAGAACGACCAACGACAAUCAACUCCGACCCAAGAUACACCAUCACCGUCGCCAGGGAUCAUCUGUUUCAUCAAAAUCAGUCAAAUCGGAACGUUUAACAUCAACUCAACCAGUAAAUGUGGAAAUUCCCGAAAUACUUCAACAUAUUCCAGACUACGGUCGAAACCAGCUCAAUGGCGAUGAAUUCAUAAGAAUUGAAGCUUAUUUACAUAUGGCUUUAGAAUCGGAGAUUCACCCAUUAGGGAAAUUGGCUUCCCAGAUAGGGGAUGUCUAUCGAGCUACUUACGUCGGAGUGGGUGCCCACCCCCGACUUCUACCUCAUGCUGUUGCCGAAGUUCACUCUUUCGUGAGCCGUCUGUAUGCAUUUGUUCGGCUCCUAUUUCCGGCUCUUCCAGAGGAUCGAACUGUCCAUCUAAUUCCAAAUGAACCGUCCAGCGGAUAUCAAGAACUGCAGGCAGUUGUUUCAGCUAAUACUCUACUUCUCCCCUUACUUUUGCCUCGACUUUAUCCACCGCUUUAUACUCUCUAUGUUCUACACAAUCAAAAGCUGGACGAUCUUUAUUGGGAACGACUGCAAAAAUGGAAUCGUCAAUCAGACUCGGCGUUGAUGAAUUUUCUGGGAGUGGAUCAAAAAUUUUUCAUUGAAGAAAUUGCCCCCGAUGGCAGUCAUUUUCCAACAGCUGUUGAUUGCCUACAACAAUUAAGUACGACCUUUUCUCCUGGCCAGAAGCUUCGUGUGAUUCAUCAAACAUUCCAAGAAGUUAGCCGUUCAGUGCAGACUCAUUUGGGGGCAGAUUACGUCAUGAACAUGGAUGAUCUUUUCCCAGUGUUCCUUUUCGUCGUUGUCCGUUCAAGGAUUCGUCACCUUGGCACGGAAAUUCAUUUAAUUGAAGACUUCAUUGACAAGCAUGUACAAAACGGCGAGCUUGAUGUGAUGUUUACUACGCUGGAGGCUUCCUACCAAUACAUACAACAUGAGAAGAUGACCUUUAAUUAAAUUCUGAACAAAGUAUUUUAAGAGUUCGUUGUCUGUCGCAAUAAAUAUCCUCGAAAAUAA